ACGCAUCAUGAGCGAACAAUUACGCGUUCUUCUCGUCGGAAACGGCGGUCGCGAACACGCCAUUGCGUGGAAACUUAUUCAAUCGCCCUCGGUCGCCCACAUCUAUGUCGUCCCCGGUAACGGCGGGACCGCAACACUCUCCUCCAAAGUUAGCAAUGUUUCUUCUGUAAAAGACACGGAUUUCGCCGGCCUGGUCAAGUUUGCGAAAGAAGAAAAUGUCAACCUAUUAAUACCAGGACCAGAGGCACCGCUGGUCGCAGGCAUUGUCGACUACUUCCACGAAAAUGGACUGCAAAACAUCAAGGCCUUUGGACCAUCGAUGAAGGCAGCGACAAUGGAAGGCAGUAAGACAUUCAGCAAAGACUUCAUGAAGCGGCAGAACAUCCCCACAGCCGCAUACGAGAACUUUAGCAAAUACGAAGACGCAAAAGCAUACCUCGACACCAUUUCUCACAGCGUCGUGAUCAAAGCCUCUGGUCUUGCGGCCGGAAAGGGCGUCAUCAUACCGCAAACCAAAGAAGAGGCCCACGCAGCACUCAAGGACAUUAUGCUAGACCGGGAGUUCGGCACUGCGGGCGAUGAAGUAGUCAUCGAAGAGUUCCUCGAAGGCGACGAACUAUCCAUCCUUACAUUCAGCGACGGCCGCACAAUGAAAUCACUCCCCCCUGCACAAGACCACAAGCGCAUCUUCGACAACGACCAAGGACCCAACACGGGUGGAAUGGGGACGUAUGCGCCGACUCGCAUUGCACCCAAAGACGUGCUCGAGCGCAUCGACAAGGACAUCCUGCAGCCCACCAUCGACGGCAUGCGGAAUGAGGGCUUCGAGUUCAAGGGUGUUCUUUUCACGGGGCUUAUGAUGACAAAGAAUGGCCCAAAGGUGUUGGAGUAUAAUGUACGAUUUGGCGACCCAGAGACACAGAGUUUGCUCGCGUUGAUGGAGGGCGACCUCGCUCAAGUCAUGGUGGCGUGUGCAGAGGGCCGGUUGAAGGAUGUACCUGUCAAGGUAUCUGAGCGCUCAGCAGCGACGGUCGUGGUUGCUGCGGGUGGGUAUCCAGGCAGUUAUGCAAAGGGCACGCCCAUGACGCUUGAUCCUGUGCCAGAGGACGUCGUGUUCUUCCACGCCGGAACCUCCUUCUCGGACAACACGCUCAAGACGGCGGGUGGUCGCGUUAUCGCAUCGACAGCUACGGCGCCAACGUUGGAGGAAGCCGUCGCCAAGGCAUACAAGGGUAUCGAAUGUAUACAUUUCGAGGGCAUGCAGUUCCGCAAGGAUAUCGCUGGGAGGGCGUUGAAGAAGUGAAGACGGGGUUAAGGACAUUUGCAUGGCGUUCAAGGUUGUAUACCAAAACUGCUCUCAAUAGAGCUGAUGAUUUGGAUAGUAUCCGAGUUAAGAUGGAAUCAAUUCAGCUUACUGGGUAAGCGGUAUUGCUGACUACAAGACUAUAGCGGUACUAAAGGAAAUGCGGGGUAGCCAUAUCAAUAGCUAGGUCCUGCUGGAGGUAUAUGGAGGUCCUCAUGACACUUCAAGUUCUUAACAAGGCUACCAGAUGAGGUGUUGACGACACAUACACGUGCUAAUUGAACCUCCAGGUACGGACAGAGUUAGCUGGGGAUCGAUCCAUAGGACAUGUCUUAACGGCUACCUACCU